AUGGUCCGAGAUAUCAAUGUAUACUUGGAGCCGAAUUCAAACGGAACGUUUAUGUAUUAUCCUGGUCACUUAAUAAAAGGAACUGUGGAAUAUCCUCUUGAUCAUGUAGCAAACAUUCACUGUUUCUCUGUGACAGUUGUUGGAAAAGCACAAGUAAAUUGGAGUAAAGAUGAAUCAACGAGUCAUAGAAGUGGUGACACAAUAACUAUAGAACGUUAUACAGUAAAUUGCUGGGGAGAAGAAUUUUUUGUGGAAGAAGAAACUUACUUGAUGGGACUCAAAAAAGGACCACUAAUUACACUUCAGCCCGGAAUCUAUAGAUUUAACUUUUCAUGUCAAUUACCUCACAAUUUGCCUUCUUCAUUAAGUACAAGACUUGGAGAUAUUUCUUACUAUGUUGAAAGUAAUAUAGAUCAUGAGAACAGUUAUAAAAUCUGUUUUGGGCAUACACCAUUCGACAUAGUUCGUUAUGAUGAUUUAAGUUUAUAUCCAGAAUUAAGACUUCCUUUGAAAUUUGAAGAAGUCAAAUCAUUUUGCUUCAUUUUCUGUACAGGUUCUCUAAUUAUGACAGUAAUUAUGCCGUGCACUGGAUUAGCCAUCGGUCAAAGUGUCCCAAUCAAGAUUUGUUAUUUAAAUAAAAGUAAUGUGGAUGUGAAGCAGACAACAGUGAAUUUAAAGCGCUUGAUAUUGUACACUUGUCAUCAUCCCAAAACUGAAACUAAAAAGGACAGUGAUAUUAUAAUGUCAGUUGUUGCUGAGGGAGUAAAUGGAAGAGCAUCAAAAGAUGUUGACACGAUUUUGGAUAUUCCAACAAAUCUGAUAUGUUCAAAUGAUAAAUUUUGUAAACUUAUUAACAUUAGUUAUUCUAUUGACAUUGAGGCAGAGCUUGGUGGAUGUCAUAUUAAUCCAAAAAUAAAUAUCCCUGUUACCAUUGGACAUUUACCAGCUAGACCUCAUCCAUAG